AUGGGAGCCUCGGCUGCAAGAGCAUCCUGGGUACAAAAGCACAAGUCUUCUGGACGGAUCUCCGACACCAUAUCGACAGUACAAAAUGUCGCCUCGCACCGGCAGGACGGCUUGAUAUCUCAUCUGCCAAUGCAGGUGGAUCAAUCUUGGGUACUCACUGAAGCAUUCUAUGGGAAGUUUCUUGCAUACUUCUCCUCCGGCGGGGAAUCUCGCGACUUGAGAAAUCGAUUGACGUGGCUGCAUGAACUCCCAACUCUAUCGACUGAUGGCACCAAUACUGCACUCGCCCUCGCAAUCCGAGCUUCAGCAUCAAUAUAUUGUGGAGCGGAAUCCUCAAGUAUCCCCUUGCAGCAGAAGGCUUUCAAGUUGUAUGGGCAAGCAUUGGCGACACAUGCUAAGAUACUCAGAUCCAAUCCCAAAUUGAUCACCGUCCACAUGAUCUCUACUAGUGUUAUGCUGAGCCUGUUCGAGGCAAUGCAAGCGACAACAGCGGAUGCAUAUCGAUCGCACAUCUAUGGUGCAGCAAGAUUGAUAGAACUCACGACACCAGGGCAGUGUGUCUUCGGUGUUUUGUGCCAAUUGUUCUUUCAUAUCAGGACCCAAAUGGCGUUCAUCUACCUAACAACAGCAAAGCAUCAUUCAAUGCCUGUCACUAGAAUUCUCACCGAGACAUUGAGCUACCAGGAUGUUCCGGUUAUACAGCGCUUGAUGUCGCAUAUCGCCGCAUUAGCGCAAAUGUUUCACAAAAAUACAUCAAUAACCGCCCUUGAACAUUGCCUUGAGCUUGAGACAUAUCAGCGUGUCAAAAUGGGAGUGGAAGCUCUUUGGACUGAAUAUUCUUGGCAAGCAUUGUCAAGCAACGAGCAGCUUUCAUACGUCAUUGAUACUGGCGAGAAUGUAUACCGGGAUUCUUUUACAGCACUCACAGUUGCCUAUUUCGCCUGUGCAGAGAUUCUAUUCCGCAUAUUGGCACCACGACUGUCGCAACCGUAUGAGGACUCGAGAGAUCCUUAUACCGCUAUAAUAGCCUGCGCACACUAUCUAGACCCCUGUAACAUCGGAUUCGCAUUCAUGAGAAUGGCGACGCCUCUAUAUCUUGUCGCCUUAUAUAGUCCAAAGGAAGAACAGCGUUCAGAAGCCAUCAAUGUCUUUCAAAGUUGGGAGAACGGCCAUAUGUCAGGUAUCAGCGCCCUGGCGCUCGAAACCAUCCGCAUACGAACUUCACAAGGCAACAGAUCAAAUACAUGA